AUGCUUUUCUUUCUGUCACUUCUGCGGUAUGGAGAAACUCCAUUGCACAUGGCAGCAACCAUUUAUGGCAUGAUGCAUUUACAUCAUUGGUUCUAUAAUAUUGAUUUACAUUUCAUGGAGUUUGAGUACGAGAAAACAAUGCUCUUGUGGGAAGUUUUACAGACACAUUAUCCUCGGAACAACUACACCUCUAUUAUGUAUUGGUUUGGCAUCACUCUAAUUUACGAUAUUGAGCAGUCUAAUGAACUCGUGAUAGAUUUUCUAAUGCAACAACCAAAGCUUUUUGAUGGCUACAAGUUCUAUUUCAUUGGAGGUUUCAUCCCAUCAUACAAAGGCUAUAUGCAAGACCUUAUGAUUGCUGCUGGAGGGAUAAUUCUUCAUAGAAAACUUGUAUCAGAUGACCAAAAUUCAGUGCCACGUCAUAUGUGUCCACAAGUACAUUGCAACAAUGCAUAUAUUUAUCAUCUUCCAGCACAUAAAAAUUUUCCUCUGACUGCCAACUGA